AAAGGACAUACGAAUGCUCUUCAGACAGACAGCCUCGAAUAACAGUGGACAGGACAUCAACUUCGUAAAUAAUUUACUCUAGACAAAGAGGGACAAUACAUGAACGGCUGACUAACAGAGAAUGGACACCAUGUGGAGGAGCCUGUCCAGAUAUAUAUGCAUCUUCUUCCUGCUGGCCCUGUCAGGCCUCUUCUUCCUGUUCAGCAACAUUAACAUUCUGGAGCAGAAGCUCAACUACCAAGCAGUGUCAAUGUUCUACCAGCACCAAAGCAACAUCCACUCAUCUUUGCUCCCAGAGGGCCCUUCUCCUCUGGACCGCAACCAGAGCUACUGUAGCCAGGAGCCCUCACCGGAGGAGGCUCUGGAGGAGCGUGACCUCCUAGAGUCCAUCACCUGGCCACAGCCUCAGCCCCAUUCUGUGAAUGUGUCCCUGAACCAGACCAGUGACCCUGCACACAGCCUUUUUGUGAUCCUGCCAGCAGGGGGCAGGAGAGAGUGGCACGUGGGGAACCAGUUGGAGGCUCUGGUCCAUAUGCAUGACUUCCAGGGGCGUCCCAAAAGCUAUGGUGGAGACUUCUUGCUGGCCCGGCUGCAUUCCUCCACAUUGGGGGCAGGCGUUGCCGGACAGGUGCUGGACCACAGGAAUGGGACCUACUCUGCCAUUUUCCCGUUACUAUGGCAGGGGUCUGCACAGGUGGAGAUGACACUGGUCCAUCCUAGUGAGGCAAUUAAUGUUCUACGACGGAUACGAGAGGAACGGCCCGACCGGAUUCCCUUUCAGAGUCUGUUCCGCUCUGGAAAACUGUCCCAGACAACUGUAUGUAACCUGUGUCUGCCGACAAACCAGAAGCCGCUGUGCAAUUACACAGACCCCCACACAGGGGAGCCCUGGUACUGCUACAAGCCCAAGCUGCUGAGCUGUGACACACGGAUCAACCACGCCAGGGGACCCUAUGUGAACCAUCUGCUCGUGAACAAGGAGGCAUUGCUCUUUCAAAGUGGUGUAAAUAUCAAAGUUCCCAUUCAUCCUUCAGGGUCUGACAGUGUCAUUGUGCUGCCCGAGAAAAAAGACAAAGCAGACGUGGAGAGAAGCACCAUGAAGACAGAGUCUACCAGGAUCACUCCUUCCGGUUAUUACUUCCAAGGGUCAUGGCGAGCUCUGGGUGGUGGUGUGAUGCGCCAGUUUAACAUCUCAUCUGCCACUCAGUGUCUGAAGGGCAAGGUGGUGUACAUGUACGGAGACUCUACUGUCAGACAGUGGUUUGAGUACCUCAACACUUUAGUACCAGACCUGAAGGAGUUCAACCUUUACAGUCCUAAGAAUGUGGGGCCCUUCAUGGCAGUGGACAGCACCCACAACAUCCUGCUGAAAUACCGUUGUCAUGGUCCUCCAAUCCGCUUCAACACUGUCAUCGCCAGUGAGAUGCGCUAUGUAGCUAAUGAGCUGGAUGGCCUAACUGGUGGGUCAAAUACUGUGGUGUUCAUCAGCAUAUGUUCCCAUUUCAGCACCUUCCCUGUGCAGGUAUACAUUCGCCGACUACGCCACAUUCGGCGGGCGGUGGUGCGGCUUCUGGACCGAGCUUCGGGGACCCUGGUGGUGUUGCGCUCGGCCAACCUCCAGGCCCUGGACCCGAAAGUGAGCCUGUACAAUAGUGACUGGUUCUCAGUGCAGCUGGACGGGGUGCUCAGGGCUAUGUUCAAGGGUCUGGAUGUUGUACUGAUAGACGCCUGGGAGAUGACCCUUGCCCACCACCUCCCCCAUGCCCUCCACCCACCUCCUAUCAUCAUCAAGAACAUGAUAGACAUUAUCCUCUCUCAAGUCUGCCCAGAGUAGGGCUAGCAGAUUAAGAAUGAUUUAUGUCAGAAUUUUAUCAUUCAAUACCUACAGUAUACAAUAUUUUUUUAAAUCUUAGAAAUAUCAAUUUCUGCAUUAUGUGUUUUUACUGCUGUCACAUCACCCUUGAUAGUAUCACCAAUAUUUAAUAAGCUUACGUAUCGGCCACACGGCCUUCGUCAGAGCUUUUGUUAUGUCGGUAAAACCACCCGCUCUCUCAAACAGAGAAUAAAAGUUGAAUCAGGAGAAACGACAGGGAUUAUCCAGUCACUGUACAUUUCAAUGACCUGAAGCAUGACAUUUCCACCUUUAGAUUUUGUGGCAUAGAGAAAGUUAAGAUAUCAGACAGGGGAGGAGAUAUUAAUAAUACUCUGAGUGUUUGGGAUUUUUUUGGGAUUUUCACCCUCUAGACAUUAUUUCCUAAAGGUCUUAAUGAUGAAAUGCUUGUUAUGUUGUGAAUUUGAACAUGAAAUAUGUGUCUCUUGUAGAUUAUUCUGACGUUUUUCGAACGAUGUACCCCAUGACUAAUGAAAACUUACUAUGUCCUCAUUGAGAUUUUGCAGACAUGUUCAAUACGCCUUAUUUAUGCACUUUUGUAGUAUUUAUGAAAUGCAUAUUGUUAUAUUUGGUAGCACUUAUUUGUUUUUCCUUUGCCUCCAACCCCCUUCGAUGUGUAGAACGGAUGUGGGUGGGACCAGGUCUACACAAGGGUGCACAUUUUUUGUAAUCACAAGUGCUCUGACAAAGGCCGUGUGGCUGAUACGUAAGCUUAUUAAAUAUCAGUGAUGCUAUCAAGAGCAGUGUGCGGUCUCCUUUUUCAUUUAUCUUGUUCAAUUGUUGCCAUGCACCUGCAAAAAAGAUUGCUCAGAUGUGCGAGUGCCUUUUGAAUACUGUUGUCACAUCACAAUGAAUGAUGAUUGUUACUGAUUGUUACAUUUUGUCUGUGAACAUUUGUGUCCAGAUUUCUCUAGUGAGGCUUACACUGAGUGUACAAAACAUUAAAGACAACCGCUCCUCCAAUGACCAAGUGAAUUGAGGUUAAAGCUAUGAUCCCUUAUUGAUGUCACUUGUUAAAUCCACUUCAAUCAGUGUAGAUGAUGGGGAGGAGACAGGUUAAAUAAAGAUGUUUAAGCCAUGAGACAAUUGAGACAUGGAUUGUGUAUGUGUGCCAUUCAGAGGAUGAAUGGGAAAUACACAAGAUUUAAGUGCCUUUGAAUGGAGUAUGGCUGUAGGUGCCAGGUGCACACCGUUGGCAUAAAGAACUGUAAUGCUGCUGGGUUUUUCACGCUCAACAGUUUCCCGUGUGUAUCAAGAAUGGUCCACCACCCAAAGGACAUCCAGCUAACUUGACACAACUGUGGGAAUCAUUGGAGUCAACAUGGGCCAGCAUCCCUGUGGAACGCUUUCGACACCUUGUGGAGUCCAUGCCCCGACGUAUUGAGGCUGUUCUGAGAGUAAAAUGGGAGGGUGCAACUCAAUAUUAAGAAGUUGUCCUUAAUGUUUUGUACACUCAGUGUAUGUCAAACGUGAUUUGCUUAUUUUAAAUGUUUUAUAAAAGUACGGACUGAGCUUCAAAAUAGUAUAAUAUCAUACACUGUAGUUGGAGAAAACAUGGGAAAGUUAUUUAGCUUUAAAAGGUGAUAAACUUGUUGUCCCACAUUGGAGACAAGUAAGAGAAAAUUCCCUUUGAUUUUUAUGAGAUUUUCACACCUCCUAGGCUCUUCUUUGUUUACACCCAUUCAGCAUAGUUCACACCCUCUUAAGCCUUAGCCCAACCCACAAAUUGUUAACGCAUGUGAGUCAGCAUGGCAUUGUCCUCCAGAAAGUAGUCUCACUACUUUAUCCCUAAGAGUCUGUUGAUGCACCCGUGUGUCAAUCCAAGUAACAUAAUGAAAGAAUCCCUUCAAAAUCCAUCAGGCUGCGUCUUAAUCCACCACAUCUGCCUAUGCUUCUACACCUGCAUUGCUUGCUGUUUGGGGUUUUAGGCUGGGUUUCUGUACAGCACUUUGAGAUAUCAGCUGAUGUACGAAGGGCUAUAUAAAUACAUUUGAUUUGAUUGAUUUGAUUUGAUUUAUGCUGGCUUUCUGCAUCUGCCUAUGCUGGCUUUCUGCAUCCGCCUAUGCUGGCUUUCUGCAUCUGCCUAUGCUGGCUUUCUGCAUCUGCCUAUGCUGGCUUUCUGCAUCUGCCUAUGCUGGCUUUCUGCAUCUGCCUAUGCUGGCUUUCUGCAUCUGCCUAUGCUGGCUUUCUGCAUCUGCCUAUGCUGGCUUUCUGCAUCUGCCUAUGCUGGCUUUCUGCAUCUGCGAUUGAAGGUGCCUUAGUUACAGUGAUAUUUGGAGUUACAGUGGUGUUUGUCAGACCAUGAGACAUCCCGAAAAUUGGUCUUCUUACGAAACAUCUGUAGCGUCCAAACAGUUUGGCCUACAAAACUAUUAUGACCCCUCUAUGGAAAGGGAGACUCUCACAAACACGAUGGUGUUCUCUGUUUUGCUACGACAACCACACGUGUCACAGGACCCAUACGAAUGUGUGGAAGUAUGGAGGUAGUUUUGUGCCCCCCAAAAAUAAGGGGUGUCAACAAAAACAAACAAAUCCUGAGCUUUCUAAUAUUCGGAAAAUGUUCAGACCCCUUAUUCUAACAUUGAUUACAAAAAACAUAUUCUUAUCACACAAUACCCUAUAAUGAGAAAGCAAAAACAGUUUUUUUUAAAUGUUUGCAAAAAUGGAAAUAUCACAUUUUCAUAAGUAGACCCUUUAUUCAUUUUUUAUUAUUUUUUUAUUUAACCAGGCAAGUCAGUUAAGAACAAAUUCUUAUUUUCAAUGACAGCCUAGGAACAGUGGGUUAACUGCCUUGUUCAGGGGCAGAACAACAGAUAUUUACCUUGUCAGCUCGGGGGUUUGAACUUGAAGUUACUAGUCCAACGCUCUAACCACUAGGCCACCCUGCCGCCCCAUUAAUCAGUACUUUGUUGUAGCACCUUUGGCAGUGAUGACAGCCUCUAGACUUCUAUGGUAUGAACCUACAAGCUUGGCACACCUGUAUUUGGGGAAUUUCUCCAAUUCUUCUCUGCAGCUCCUCUUAAGCUCUGUCAGGUUGGAUGGGGAGCGUUGAUGCACAGCUAUUUUCAGGUCUCUCCAAAGAUUUUCGAUUGGGCUCAAGUCCGGGCUCCUGCUGGGCCAAUCAAGAACAUUCAGAGACUUAUCCCGAAGACAUUCCUGCGUUGCCUUAGCUGUGUGCUUAUGGUCUUUGUCCUGUUGGAAGGUGAACCUUCACCCCAGUCUGAGGUUCUGAGCACUCUGGGGCAGGUUUUCAUCAAGGAUCUCUCUGUACUUAGCUCCGUUCAUCUUUUCCUCGAUCCUGACUAGUCUCCCAGUCCCUAUCGCUGAAAAACAUCCCCACAGCAUGAUGCUGCCACCACCAUGCUUCACUUUAAUGAUGGUGCCAGGUUUCCUCCAGACAUGACGCUUGGCAUUCAGGCCAAAGAGUUCAAUCUUGGUUUCAUCAGACCAGAGAAUCUUGUUUCUUAUGGUCUGAGAGUCCUUUAGGUGCCUUUUGGCAAACUCCAAGUGGGCUGUCAUGUGCCUUUAACUGAGGAGUGGCUUCUGUCUGGCCCCUCUACCAUAAAGGCGUGAUUGGUGCAGUGCAGUGCAGAGAUGGCUGUCCUUCUGGAAGGUUCUCCCAUGUCCACAGAGGAACUCUGGAGCUCUGUCAGAAUGACCAUCGAGUUCUUGGUCACCUCCCUGACCAAGGCCCUUCUUCCCAGAUUGCUCAGUGUGGCCGGGCAGCCAGCUCUAGGAAUAAUCAUGGUGGUUCCAAACUUCUUCCAUUUAAGAUUGUUGGAGGCCACUGUGUUCUUGGUGACCUUCAAUGCUGCAGAUUUUUUUUGCUACCCUUCCCCAGAUCUGUACCUCAACACAUUCCUAUCUCAGAGCUAUUUCGAACAAUUCCUUUGAGCUCAUUGCUUGGUUUUUGCUCUGACAUGCACUGUCAACUGUAGGGGACUUACAGUUGAAGUCAGAAGUUUACAUACAGCUUAGCCAAAUACAUUUAAACUCCGUUUUUCACAAUUCCAGACAUUUAAUCCGAGUAAAAAUGCCCUGUCUUAUGUCAGAUAGGAUCACCACUUUAUUUUAAGAAUGUGAAACAGAAUAAUAGUAGAGAGAAUUAUUUAUUUCAGCUUUUAUUUCUUUCAUCACAUUUCCAGUGGGUCAGAAGUUUACAUACACUCAAUUUGUAUUUGGUAGCAUUGCCUUUAAAUUGUUUUGGGUAGCCUUCCACAAGCUUCCCACAAUAAGUUGGGUGAAUUUCGGCCCAUUCCUCCUGACAGAGCUGGUGUAACUGAAUCAGGUUUGUAGGACCCCUUGCUCUCACACGCUCUUUCAGUUCUACGCACAAAUGUUCUAUAGGAUUGUGGUCAGGGCUUUGUGAGGGCCACUCCAAUACCUUGACUUUGUUGUACUUAAGCCAUUUUGCCACAACUUUGGAAGUAUGCUUGGGGUCAUUGUCCAUUUGGAAGACCCAUUUGCGACCAAGCUUUAACUUCCUGACUGAUGUCUUGACAUGUUGCUUCAAUAUAUCCACAGAAUUUUCCUUCCUCAUGAUGCCAUCUAUUUUGUGAAGUGCACUAGUCCUUCCUGCAGCAAAGCACCCCCACAACAUGAUGCUGCCACCCUCGUGCUUCACGGUUGGGAUUGUGUUCUUCGGCUUGCAAGCCUCCCCCUUUUUCCUCCAAACAAAACGAUGGUCAUUAUUGCCAAACAUUUUUAUUUUUGUUUCAUCAGACCAAAGGACAUUUCUCCAAAAAGUACGAUCUUUGUCCCCAUGUGCAGUUGCAAACCGUAGUCUGGAUUUUUAAUGGCGGUUUUGGAGCAGUGGUUUCUUCCUUGCUGAGCGGCCUUUCAUGUUAUGUCGAUAUAGGACUUGUUUUACUGUGGAUAUAGAUACUUUUGUACCUGAUUCCUCCGGUAUUUUCACAAGGUCCUUUGCUGUUGUUCUAGGAUAGAUUUGCACUUUUCGCACCAAAGUACGUUCAUAUCUAGGAGACAGAACACGUCUCCUUCCUGAGUGGUAUGACGGCUGCGUGGUCCCAUGGCCUGUAUACUUGCGUACUAUUGUUUGUACAGAUUAAAGUGGUACCUUCAGGCGUUUGGAAAUUUCUCCCAAGGAUGAACCAGACUUGUGGAGGUCUACAAUGUUUUUUCCUGAGGUCUUGACUUAUUUAUUUGGAUUUUCCCAUGAUGUCAAGCAAAGAGGCACUGAGUUUGAAGGUAGGCCUUGAAAUACAUCCACAGGUACACCUCCAAUUGACUCAAAUUACAUCAUUUUCUGGAAUUUUCCAAACUGUUUAAAGGCACAGUCAACUUAGUGUAUGUAAACUUCUGGCCCACUGGAAGUGAGUUAUAAGUCAAAUAAACUGUCUGUAAACAAUUGUUGGAAAAAUGACUUGGGUCAUGGACAAAGAAGAUGUCCUAACCGAAUUGCCAAAACUAUAGUUUGUUAAACAAGAAGUUUGUGGAGUGGUUGAAAAAUGAGUUUUAUUGACUCCAACCUAAGUGUAUGUAAACUUCAGACUUCAACUGUAUGUAGACAGGUGUGCCUUUCCAAAUCAAGUCCAAUCAAUUGAAUUUACCAAUCAAGUUGUAGAAACAUCUCAGGGAUGAUCAAUGGAAUCAGGAUGCACCUGUCCUGAGCUCAAUUUCAAGUCUCAUAGCAAAGGUUCU